UUAUGAUUUGGUUUUGGGUGGGUAGAAGAUCAACAUAUCUUCGAGAAAGAAGCUGGCAAGAUCGUUUAAAUAAGUCUGUGGAUGAAUAUCAUUGAACACCAUGGGCCACUUUUGUGUCGUUGUAGGAUGCUCUUCUAAGGCCGGACGAAGAAAUGGGGGCGAAAAGCUAGGAUUCUUUCGCUUUCCCAAAAAGAAUCUGCAUCAAAGAGAGCAAUGGAUUGCAUCAGUAAAGAGAAUUAAUCCGGACCGAUCCAAAUGGGCCCCGGGCAAUCAUUCGAGGAUUUGUUCUCGACAUUUCUUACAAGGAAUGCCUUCACGUGACAUCUCCAAUCCUGAUUACAAGCCCACUAUUUUUCCCACUAACCAUUUCAAAGCCUCAACCAACGGCGACAAAUCACGCUACGAUCGAGUUGUGGCCAGGCAAAAUCGAAUAGAUAAGGAGAUCAAUUUGAGAAAAGUUCAGGACAAACGCGCUCAAAGAUACAUUUAUGAGAUCAAUGUGUUGGCUGCGAACAUGACGAAGCUUAAAGUGGAAGAGAACAGUCUGCUAGAAAAGAAGCGUCUGUUGGGGUGGCGGAAAGAAAGGCUGAAGGGAGCAAUGGCUCUAGAGUACGCGGAGAAAAGACGCAAAUUAUCGAUGGAAAAGAUGAUCACGAGGGGUCAGACCAAAGACAAUGGGUGCCAGACUGAUUCUGGACUGCAUGAUUUUAUCAUUGGAAGCGGUCUCACCUUUUCAUGUACGAUGGAAGGCAAUGAGGCCAAAUGCGAAGUGCUUUCACCUGGCUAUUUUGACCAAGGACUGCCGGCUUUAUUUGAGGUUGCCACGGAUGAAAUGUAUGUGAAGUCAAAGCCUGAACUGGACGACCAUUUCGAUAGCAACUUCUCAGCUGAUAAUCUUCAGGGGGACAAGAGCUUCAAAGCAGUUUGUGGAGUCUCGGAGAAAAUUUUUAAAACUGUCUUACUCUGCGUCCAAGAACAGAUUGUACCAAGUCGCAAGUUAUCCGUCAAAAAGAAGCUAACUUUGUUUUUCGUGAAACUGAAGCAUAACAUGUCGUAUUUCUUUUUGGGGAAAAUUUUCGCCAUCAGCGACCGAUAUGCCUCAGAGAUUUUUUCUCAAGUUCUGAAGGUUGUGUUCCAUCUUAGUGAUAAGUUCGUUUAUUGGAUCCCACAAGCAAUAAUCAAGAAAAAUAUGCCUAAUUCAUUCAAAUUAGGAUUUCCAAAGUGCUCCGGGAUCAUUGACGCCAGUGAGGUGAAGAUCGAGGCCCCAUCAGACAUUCGUGGAAGUGUUCUGUCUUACUCAAAUUACAAGGCAGCCUACACAUUGAAAUUCUUAAUCUGUAUCGCGCCAUCUGGAUUUAUCACGUUCAUUUCCAAAUGCUACGGAGGACGUGUGACUGAUUGUCAUCUUACUGCUGAUAGUGGGUUCCUGGAGCUUCUCCGACCUGGGGAUCUUAUUUUGGCUGAUAAAGGUUUUCCCCAAGUUAUUGAAGAGGCAGAGAGACGUGGUGCCUUUUGCAUUAUGCCACCAUUUUGUAGGGGUGAUUUUCAACUGUCGGAAAAGCAAAAUCGAGAUGGUUAUCAAUGCUCUGCUCUUAGAAUUCACGUAGAGAGGGAGAUUCAGCGUUUGAAAAUGUUUCGAAUUUUGCAGUUUUGCGAGCAAACAUUGUUACCGGAUAUUGACAAAAUUCUUGUAUCGAUUUGUUUUCUUUGCAAUCUAAUGAAUGAUCUUAUCAAUGAAUAAAUACAUGUUUUCUUCGUUUUUA